AUGGGGUCCCAGGGCCUGCAGCUGCUCCGGCAGGGAGUGUGGGCGGCGCUGACCGGAGGCUGGUACCACGACCCGGACCACAGCAAGUUCACCAAUAGCUGUCACCUCUACCUCUGGCUGUUCCUGCUGCUGCUGCCCUUGGCGCUGCACCUGGCUUUCCCCCCAAACGCCGCCACGGCCUUGGUGUACUGCAGCUCGGUGACGGUGGUCUUCGCCACGAUGAAACUGGUCAGCUACCGUCUACACCUCAUGUUUGACGAAGGGGAGGCAGAGCAGCGGGGAGGCCCCAGUCAGGACAGAGGCCAGAAGGACGGCAGAAGGCCGAGGAGUGGUGCCACGCUUCCCGCCGAGAGCCCAAGCAAUAAAAGACUGACUCGCCGCCAACGGGAGGGAGCCAGGUGGGAUUCCUGCACGCCCCCGUUGCGCUGCAGCUCGAGAGGACACAGCAUAAACUCUCACAGCUGGUCGGGAUCGGGGCCUUCGGAGCGGGAAGAGCCAGAGGCGGACGAAGAUCACCUAAGUGCGGGAUCUGUUCCAUCGUUAGCCUGCUCGGCGGGCCGGGGGCCGGGACACCGGGCGACACCGCCUGGGGCCCCUCCAGGGAUCACGGGGUGCGCAGACCAGCCGGCCACGGAGACAACCCAGGCCACAGCGGAGCCCGCAUCCCCGGCCCAUGGUGGCUCCGGUGCCGUGGCUCCGGCGCCUGGGGACACCGGGCCCGGUGCCGAGGGGGGCGACCCGGGGGCCCAAAACCUGCCGGCGGAUGGCGGGGAGAGGCGGGAACCACGGGGGGACUGUGGGCACGAGGGGUCACGGAGCCCGUCACCCCCUGCCGGGGCGAGCGGAGGCCUGGACGACUCCGAGGGCGAGGUGGCCGUGACGCUGGUGGACAACUCGGUCCCCGGCGUCCCCCUCUGCCCGUACGAGCCCGUCAGGAUCAUCGUCACCAUGAGUGGCGGGCCGAGCCCUGGGGCGGGCGCGGCGGGGGGCCGCGACCCGGGGAGAGACCACUGCCGGUCGGACCUCGACCCCACCGGGGUCACGCCGUCCGCCGGCCGCCCACUCAGGAUUCCCCUCAUCAAGUUUCAGCUGCCGGACAGGGGCGACUUGCCCCAGUGGAGCGGCCCCGGGGACGAGGCCCACGCACCCUUCUUGGACCCGGGCGACGAGGCCGGGCCCGGCACGCCGGCCCCGAGGCGGGCCCGGGGGCAGAGACAGGCGCGGGGUCUGAGCGUGGACAGCGCGACGGAUCUGGCCUCCAGCCACGAGUCCGCCGAGGUCACCAGCGACACGGAGAGGGCCCUGCCGACAUCCAAGUCGGACCUGGAGGCCAAGGAGGGGCAGCCCCCCAGCGAAUCCAACUUCCUGGAGUUCGUCUCCCUGCUGGAGUCCAUCAGCUCCUCUAAGGGGGCAGCGGGCGUCCCCUCUGGUCUCCCCAUGGGUGUCCCUAUGGAUGUCUCCACCAACAUCCCUACCGGCGUCCCCAACGGUAUCUCCACGGAGCUUCCCCAGGAGAGCCGGCUCAGAGAAGUUUCCGUCGAUCUCUCCGCUCCGCCCCAUGUUGGUGAGAAGCCAAGCUCCGCGCACCGCGGUGGAGGCGGCGGCCCCCUGGAGAAGAAGGAAGAAAUCCUGGAACAGGGAAAGCCCCGUGAUCGUCCUCCCAAACCUGGGAAGUCGGAUGUACGGAGCCAGGACUGGCCCAGCGCCCCACUUCCUCAGGGCAGCAGGCAAAGGCAGAUCGUAUACAGGGUGAAGUCGCAGCCGGACGGCUCCCUGCUGCAGGUCAUCAGCGGCCCCGACGCAUCGGUGCAGGACGAGGAGUCCGUGGGCGCCGUCCACGUGUUCAUCGGAGAGCACGGGGAAAUCCGGUCCUGUUAUUUGAAGGCCGGGACUCAGAAGGAGGGACCCCCGAGGUCGCAGGCCCCCAGCAGCGAACGGGUCUGCAGCGUGCAAGAGACGCUGUUCAGCUCCUCCAGCUCCACCCCGUCGGCCAGCCUGGACCCGCCAUCCGGGGACCCGACGGCCAGCGCGCUCCAGCAGCAGCUCCUGCUCCUGGUGGCCCGGAGGACACAGUCCGACCGCCCCCGGCCAUGCCAGGACCCGGAAGACUGUUCGUGCUCCUCCAGCCAGCGCAAGUUCAGCCGGGAACAGUUCUACAAACUGAUCAUCUUCCCCGGCAAGUGGAUCAAAGUGUGGCACGAUCGACUCACCUUGCUGGCGCUACUGGACCGAACGGAAGACGUCAAGGAGAACGUUUUGGCCACCGUGCUGGUCCUCUUGGUUUCCUUUCUGGGCUUUGUGACUCUGAGCCGAGGUUUCUGCAAAGACCUUUGGGCCCUGCACUUCUGCCUGGUCAUGGCCAGCUGCCAGUAUUCCCUGCUAAAGAGUGUCCAGCCGGACCCGGCCUCCCCAAUCCACGGCUACAACCAGAUCAUCACGUACAGCAGACCCGCCUACUUCUGCAUCCUGUGUGCCUUGAUCCUGCUCUUGGACGCUGGGUCCACGUCCCGCCCAUCUCCUUCGGUGGUCGUCUUCGGGGUUCGGCUCUUCUCCCCCGGCGGGCUCCGCCUGGCCCGGGACGCCCUCAUCGUGUUUCUAUAUUGCUUCCCUGCCAUUUCCCUCCUGGGCCUGUUCCCGCAGAUAGAUACGUUCUGCACUUACCUCCUGGAGCAGGUCGACACGCUGGUUUUUGGCGGUUCUGCGGUGACCGGAGGCCUCUCUGCUGUGUACGGCGUCUCCCGGAGCCUCCUGACCGUCGUGGGGCUGAAUGUCUUCUGUUUUAGCGCCGUGAAGGAGCCGUGGAACCCCCAGCAUGUGCCAGCCUUGUUCUCCACCUUCUGUGGGCUACUGGUCGCCCUCUCUUACCACCUGAGCCGGCACAGCAGCGACCCGACCGUGCUGCUGUCCCUUUUCCAGGGCAAAUCGUGCCCUCGCCUCCCGUGUCCAGCCUGGGCCGAGUCCCCGUCCGACCCGCUGCCCGGGAAGAUGAGAGAGUCUGUGAAGGAGAUCCUGAAGUCAGACCUGAUCGUGUGUGCAGCCAUGAUGGUUCUGGCCUUCGCCGUCAGCGCCAGCACGGUCUUCUUGGCACUGCGGCCAUUCCUGAGCACGGCCCUGUUCGCCCUGGCCGGGGCCGUGGGCUUCACCACCCACUACCUGCUCCCCGAGCUGCGCAAGCACCACCCUUGGAUGUGGCUGGCCCACCCUCUCCUCCGCAGCCACGAGCACCGCCAGCGCCAUGUGAGCGAGCCCGCCCGCCUGAUGUGGUUCGAGCGGCUUUACGUGUGGCUGCAGUACCUGGAGAAGUUCGUCUUGUACCCGGCGGUCGCCUUGCACGGCCUCACCAUCGACGCCUUCGCCGUGAGCGUCCGCCGCGUGCCGGCCAGCCGCUGCGAGGUCUUCCUGCUGACCGUGGCCGGGAUGAAGCUGCUGCGGACGGCCUUCUGCAACCCGGUCCACCAGUUCCUGGUCCUCGGCUUCACUGUCCUCUUCUUCCGCUUCGACUGCAGGGGUGCCUCCGAGAGCUUCCUGCUGAACCUCUUCGUGGUGUCCAUCCUGUUCGGCAAGCUGGAUGACCUGCUCCACAAGCUGCGGUUCGUGCUGGCCUACGUGGCCCCGUGGCAGAUCGCCUGGGGCUCCUCGUUCCACGUGUUCGCACAGCUCUUCGCCAUCCCCCACUCCGCCGUGCUCUUCCUCCAGACGUUGGGCACGGCCGCCCUCUCGGCUCCCCUCAGCCCGUUCCUGGGGAGCGUCAUCUUCCUGGCCUCCUACGUGCGGCCCGUUCGUUUUUGGGAGAAGGACUACAGGACGAGGCACCUGGACAACUCUACCACCAGGCUGGCAACCCAAAUCGAAAAGGACCCAGGGGUCGACCAGGAUAACAACCGCAACUCGGUCUUCUAUGAGCACCUGACGCGAUCGCUGCAGGAGUCUCUGUGCGGGGACCUGGCCCUGGGCCGCUGGGGCAGCUUCAGCGCCGGGGACUGCUUCAUCCUGGCGUCCGACUACCUCAACGCCUUUGUCCACCUGGUCGAGAUCGGGAACGGCCUGGUCACCUUCCAGCUGCGUGGCCUGGAAUUCCGCGGUACCUACUGCCAGCAGCGGGAGGUGGAGGCCAUCACGGAGGGCGACGAGGCGGACCGGGGCUGCUGCUGCUGCCGGCCGGGCCACCUGCCUCACCUGCUGUCGUGCAACGCCGCCUUCAGCUUGCGUUGGCUCAGCUGGGAGGUGGCCCGCGCUCAGUACGUGCUGCGGGGCUACAGCGUCUCCGACAGCAGCGCCGCCACCAUGUUGCAAGUCUUCGACCUGCGCCGGAUCCUCGUCCGCUUCUACGUCCAGAGCAUGAUCUACUUCGUGGUGAGCUCGCCGAAGCUGGCGCUGUGGAUUCACGACGAGUCCCUCCUGCGGCCGCUGCAGCCGUACGCCAAGUGGCACCACAUCGAGCGCGACCCGGCCCUGUUCGGCCUCCACGUGGACGACGACUUCGUGCCCUGCCUCCAGGGCAUCACCCGGGCCAGCUUCUGCACCGCCUACCUGCAGUGGAUCCAGUUCUGCGCCCAGAAGCGGCAGGAGCGCCUGGACAGUGAUGAAGACUCCCCACUGGUCACACUUUGCUUUGCCUUGUGCAUCCUGGGACGGAGGACGCUGGGGGUGGCCGCCCACAACAUGGCCAUCAGCCUCGAUUCUUUCCUGUUCGGCCUCCACACGCUGUUCAAGGGGGAUUUCCGCGUGGCCGUGAGGGACGAGUGGGUGUUCGCCGACAUGGACCUGCUGCACAGGGUGGUCGCGCCGGCCGUCAGAAUGUCUCUGAAGCUUCACCAGGACCAGUUCGCCUGCCCAGACGAGUACGAGGACCCGGCGGCCCUGUUCGAGGCCAUGGGCGCCUUCGAGAGCACGGUGGUCGUCCGGCACGAGGGCGACCCGGGCUGGCGCCGCGCCGUGCUGGCCGGCCGCGAGGAACUGCUCACCCUCCGGCGCGUGGUGGACGAGGGGGCCGACGACUACAAGGUCAUCCGGCUCCGGCUCGCCUACCUGACUUUCAAGGUCAUCAAGGUGAACCGGGAGUGCGUCCGGGGGCUGUGGGCCGGGCAGCAGCAGGAGCUCGUCUUCCUGCGGAACCGCAACCCGGAGCGCGGCAGCAUCCAGAACCACCGCCAGGUCCUGCGCAACCUCAUUAACUCGUCCUGCGACCAGCCCCUGGGCUACCCCGUCUACGUGUCCCCGCUCAUCACGUCCUUCCUGGGCAGCCACGACCAGCUGGGGCACGUCUGGGGCGGGCCGGCCGGCCUGGGCCGCCUCGGGGCCUGGCUCCGCGGCCGCUGGCGCAGGAUGCAGAAGGACUGCCACGCCGGGCAAAGUGGCAGUGGGCAUAUCGAAGAGGGCGAUGGCAGCAGGGGUGGCGCGGCCGGGGGGAUGUCGGGCAGCGGCGAGGAUGGCUCCGGCAGCAGUAGCAGGCCCAGCAGUGCCGAGCAUUCCCGGGAAGCGGGCUCUCCAUGGCAGACGGCGGCCCGGGAUGGUUCCCGGCGGCACGCAGGCAGGAAGAAGGGCAGUAGCCGACCGGUGGAGGCCGGGCCGGGCCAGCGGCCGGCCCCGCCGAGCCUCUCCGGCCCCGGCCCGGGGGGCCAGCAGUCCGUCCUGCAGACGUCCAGCUCGGCCCAGGAGAUGGCCCGGCAGCCGUCCGGCAGCCAACGGUCCCGGUGCAGCUCGGCGGCCUCCCUGCAGUCCCGGCCCGCGGCCCCCGGGACCCCGCUGGCCGCCCCGGCCCGCGGCCCGCCGGGCUCCAGCCUCGGCUCGUCCUCCACCAGCUCCACCCUCAGCCUCCUCUUCGGCAAGAGGAGCCUGUCCAGCGUCCUGGUCAUCUCGGGGCUCUCGGCGGCCGACGGCGGCAACACCAGCGACACGCUGUCCUCCAGCAGCGUCAACAUCGCCGCCGGACCCUCCGCCCGCGCCGCCGCUCAGCGGCAGUUCUCCGACGCGACGGACGGCUCCGACCCAGGGCGGCCAGCAGCCCGGGCCCCGGGAACGGGUCCAGCCGCCGCCGGCCAGGGCGGGCUCUGUCGGACGGCCAGUCAGGAGGACGUCGAGCUGGACGACACGGGCUCCCUGCCCAGCCUGUCAGAAGAGCAAUAGCACCUCCCACCCCCUGCCUCCGGUGCUCUGGCCCUCUCCCUUACGUGGGCUAAGACACACGCACGUAAUAAUAACAGCAUUUUAUUAAGCGCUUAUUAUGUGCCAAGCACUAAGCGCUGGGGAGGCUACA